CUGGGGCUAUGGGCUCAGCCCCAGGCUGCUGAAGUUCAAGGAGCGUUUGAAGGCUGCUCUCAGAUAUAGGAUCUGAUUUUUUUAAGUGACUCCUGUGUGGAGCUGGGAGGUGGAUUCAUUGAUGAUACAAUCCUUAGAGUUGGAAGGGACUUUUAAAAGCCAUCUAGCCCCAACUGCCCUGCCAUGAAUUGAUUGUUAUGAAUCUCUUCUGACUUAGGAUAUUCUGUGAUUUUGUGAAGUAGAUGCUCUCUUCCAAAAUGACUUGUCAAGCCCUGGUUUUGAGUCUGGUCUGUGUUGCACUUGGAAAGGCAAAAGUGAUUACGCAGACUGAGCAAAGAGCGGUGAAGGUGGGUGACAGCGUGACUCUCAGUUGUGCCCUGACAGAGCCCGAGGACAUCGUGCAAGUGACAUGGCAGAAAGACUCUGUAAAAUCACAAAGUAACAUAGCUACAUACAGCAAGUCAGCAGGAUUAAAGAUUCAGAAGCCCUACCAAGACCGGAUGAAUUUCACCAGCCUGUUGCUCAACAACACAAGCAUCACUUUCUGGAGUGUGGGAAUAGAUGACACAGGGUGUUACUUGUGCUUGUUUAACACCUUCCCGUUAGGCUCCUUUUCGGGACGUUCUUGCCUUGAAGUCUACGGUCUCAAUGGAUCUAUCUAUUACAACAUUUCAGAAGGUCAUCUGAUAGCCACCUGUAAUGCUAUUGGCCUACCAGAGCCCACCAUUAGCUGGAACAGUGUGUUCAAUUAUACAUCUACACAGGAGAAGUUCACGUACGAUAAUGGGGUCGUGUCCAUCACCAGUCAACUGAAGGUCUAUGACUCUCAGAACAUCAGCAAGGAGGACUUGACCUGCAGAGUAAGCAACGAAAAUGAAGAAAUGGAAUUGCCAAUAAGUAUGAAAAAAAAAGAGGGAUUCAGGUUCUUGGGUCUGGCUAUUGCUGUGACUCUUUCACUUGUCAUCUUGGUCCUGAUUCUCAUUGCACUGCGUUGGAGGAAGAAGAUAUGUAAGAGGAGCUGAAGUGGAUUGCAGAGGAUUUCCAUUCAUCUCCUGGAUCGUUACAGCCUAGCAUCCUGAAGUCAACACUAAAAGCAGAGACUUGCAUGACUGGAAGGUAGCAGCAGUAAAAGGAAAACACAUCAGGACCAAAGCUCUGAGCUCUCUACUCAGCAUCUUCAUUGCUGAAAGACUAGCAGGGUGUUUGAUUUCUGAUCUAAAGACUACAUCACGAGGAAGAGGACCAGAGGGAAUGCUUAGUCCUCUCUUCUGCUGCCAGACGAUAUCUGCUCUGCUUAUGCCGUUCCUGGUACUGCUAGUCUGCAAAUGUAUUUGCUUUCUUCCCAUGGAAGCUGUGAGCAAUCUGGAGGUCCUCUUCAGUGCGUAACUGCUCUCAGUAAAGAGCUGGAGGGAUUAUUUUACUAAUAGCUUUCUGCAUUGUUAUGCUUUGCGACUCAGCGAUUCAUCAUUUUCUUCCUGCCAUCUUCUUUUCUUUCUUACCCAGCUAAUGCAGCUCCUUGCUCUUCAUUGAAAGUGUCAACAGCUGUAUUUCUGAGCUACCUCUAGAAAGAUCUGCUGCUGGAGGUCUCAAACCACACCAAAUCUGCCAAAAUUAUUGGUAAAAGGUCAGAAGGAUUCCAGUCAGGCGACAGAUUGAAGGCAGUAGCAGUCAUGGUUGGGAAAGAAGUGUUUUCAGUAAUGUAUUUUAUAUGGCUUUCUUUCAAAUCCUGUUUUGGUUUGUUUGUUAGUUAGUUGAUUAUUUAAUAUGCAAUGAGAAGAUUGAAACAAAGCUCAGUAGUGGAACUACUGUCAUACCCUCCUUUAUGUCUGCUUUGCUGUCAUUCUCUCUGCCUUCUCAUGCAGUGCUGUUAAUGCCUCAGCCUGUUGCUUGCUUGCUUGUCAAAAAGCAUGGACUGGCCUUCUUGAUCAUCCUUGUGGUCAUCUGAUACGCUGCUCCAUCCCUUGUCUCUGUCUAUUCAUGUUGUUUGUAUUUAAGCAAAGACAAAUUGUUCUGUUGGCCAAAGGCAAUUAUUCCUUACGUAGACUUGUGUGGGAUGUUACACCCUAAGCUAACUGUGCUAUGGCACUGUGGAUUUAACAGGAUCAAUGGAAAGUUUUUACAGAAGCUGAAUUUGUUGCUUUGCUAUGAUUUUGAUGGCAGAGGAAAGCAUUGUGUUCCUCUCAGAAACUGAGACCUGACUGCUUCUGCAGGUAGAAUCAGAGCCUCUCCAAGUUUUUUUGUUUUGUUUUGUUUUCCCCUCUGAUUGCCAACCUGUGUCUGAAGGUCUGAUCAUUUCCAGGCUUGCUCCCAUGUUUGCCUGUCUCACUUUAUGUCACUGCUGCAGCAUGGCUCUGGGAGCAUCGAGCUCCCUGCACUGCCUUGCACCCAUCUGAUUUGCAGGGUGUCAGCAGUUAGGAAUGCCUCUGCCUCCCUGGGCCUAUCGUGUACCUCUGGCUGUGCCAACUUCAUGGACCAUGUCUCUGGCAGAAUGGAUGGAUAAAGGGACUGCAGGGGUCUUCUAUUAAUUUCUCCUCUACUGAUGAGCACUGACGUUUAAAGUCUUGCUCAGUCUUUGUUCUGUCUUAAUAUUUGUCUGUUCCUCAGGAUCACUGCCAGUCUUUUGGGUUUAAGUAGUGCUUGUGUAUCUGAACUGCUCCAUCUCAUGAGACACGUGGAGGUUAAGACUGUGCUUCCUCACACGUGGGGAAGUUGGGGGUUGGGGCUAGAAGGCUGUGGAGGGCAGCUCUGGAGGUGUCUGGCACAAACCCAAGCACAAGCCAGCUAAAAAGUCAACAGAGAAGUUUAGCAGGAGCUAAAUUCUACAUUUCAGAACAGAGUUAUUUGUUCUGUAGAAGUCCAGCCAGAAUAAUGACUUAUAGAGUGGCUGCCUCUCUAAGGCCAAAAAAAAUGUGUGUGGUUAUGUCUGUGUAUAUCACUGACCAUGAGUGUUGAUGUUGACGAGCUGCUGUGCAGGUGCAGUAUGAAUUAUUUAUCUGUAUAAACAACUCCAAUAAAUUUACUUGGUAAAAAUACUUGAUCCAGUUCAAACACCAACUGCUCCAUAACUUUCUGCUUAUAGAUUUGCAAUACCUGAAAUGCUUCAUUUUAAAUCCUAGAUCUGCUGAGGUGUUGAUUGGCUCACCAGUUGGGCUGAGCUGUGCUCAUGGUGUGGGGUAGGAACUAAGUAAUUGGGGCUGCAGGGUUAAAUGGCCUUAGGGAAACUAGGCUAGCCACCCUGCACUUCGCAAAAGUUAACAAAUGCAGAACAGCAGCCUUCCUGAGGUAAACCCCAAGGUUGUGUAUGAGAUGCUUUUUUUGGCUGACAGCCCAUUUCUCAGAACCUUUUGAGACAUUUGCUUUUAUUCUGAAGUCACAAUGAAUGUCAUUCCUCCAGCUGUGUCCUCUCUUUGUGUGCUUUUGUCCCUGGCAUGCAAAACGAAGCUACUAUUCUAAGUCUUCAGUUGUGCUAACUGAAGGGACAGGAAGGAGCAGGCUGUGCUAGAGAUAACAAUGUCCAUGUGUGACUGAUGGAAACAGUAAAACCUUAGCAGGCAGAGCUUGGCUUCUAGGAAAGAGAGUUUGUGGAGAAAAAAAGUAUUGCAUUUGUUGAGAGUACUGGGCUUUUAUUCUUGUUCUUGCACUGACCACCAGCCCGACAUCAGGCCAGCUGCUUGAGGUGGCUGUACAACUGCAUUUUGCCUGUAUCCUAACAUCAUUUUUCACUGAUCCAUUUGCUUUGUAAGUGUGCUAGUAGCUGUCCUUCUCAUUGUUCAACAUAACAAGAUGUUAUGCUGAGCAGGAGGAAAUGCAGGAUAAUUUUAGAAGCUAAGAGGAUGUAUGAUUGUGCGUGUGUGUCUGGAUUUCUUUUUUUAAGAUAGGCUGAAGUUAGCAGGAAAGUUAUGUGCAUUCUUGCUCAGUGCCACUGAUGAGCAGUGCUCAAAAGGGCUGUUGAGCUGGAAGAUCUUAAUGUGAAUUUCUAACAUUGUGUUUAGAGAGCCAUGUUCACUUCCUGCACAUGGACAGACAGGCCAUGGCUGUCUCCUCUUAGGGACCUUGUGCCAUUUUUUUUAUUCUGAGUGAGAUGUUACUAUUUCCAAGGCUUUAAUCUCAUGCAUCAGUCAAAUAUCAGUCUUCCGCAGAUCCUUCUGUAUAGGCAACCACAUAAUGACUCACUGGUGUGUUGGAAGAAACUCACUUUGCUGGUUUUCCAGCAGUUGGAAACUCUAUAGUGUGGUGUUGGUGCUUCCUGGCACCCAGUAGCUCUGCUUGUGAGAAGGAAGCAUGACCCCCUGAAUGCGCUGAACCAAGGGGUAAAGAGCAGGCCAGUAGCCCAAACUGCUAAUCAGUUUCCUUAAGGAAAUGGAGGAGUUGGAUUUCCUUGUUAAUUGCAGUUUAGUAAAUCAAUGCAAAACAAUGUAUUUCAAUGUGGUAGUCUGAUUAAAAAAAGGAAGUAGGGGUUUCCCGCUGCUGACUUACAAGGGGAGUUAAGCAGCGCAGGUCACUUUCUUGCUGUGUGAAGCAUCUGCCAGGCAGGUUGCAGGCAGACUGGGUGGAAGCGGAGGUGACUGUCCCCACCCUGAGCAGCUUGAGCAUCCUGUCAGGACUCAUGGAAAAGAAGAUGUGCUACUGUGGGCCUGUAGAGCACUGUGACCUGUGCUUUACUGGGGCGGAAAAGGGAAGCACGCACUCUCAACUAUUGCACUGACGUUAAGCUUGAUUUAUGUCAAGCAGCUGGGGAUUUCUGCUAACUGAUUUUUACUUAGGGUGACAUAUACUGGCAUAAUUCUGCCUUCCUUACUGGCAGCACAGAAGAAGAUUAAAAAGUACAACAUCCUCUCAGUAUGGUUUGUUUCCUUUCUGCACUCACCAACAGAGAGCCAGUGCUCUUUGUGCCCUGCAGGCAAUGCCAGGAAAAUGCACCAAGCUUUGAUGGAUGCAUUGCAGAGUAUUUUCUCAGACAUCUCAGAAGAUAUAGUGAGGAGAAAUGCCUGAAUGUGAGAGAAGCUUGGCAUAUCUUCAUGGCCACCCUGAGCCAUCCUGUGGCUGUAGCUCACUGUGGUUUUGCAGGUAAGGGGAUUAAAAAUCAGUUUGGCACAAAGCUAAGGUAGCAAAAACUGAUCCCUCCCACAUCAAGCUUUUAAAGAAAGGAAGUGAGUGCUAAGUGAGGGAGAAGGACUGGCCUUAGCUGCUCUAUUCCAUGUGAAGUUUGUGCUCUCGGAGUCUUCAGACUGUGCUGUGCAGGACGAAUCUGUGUAAGAAACUUCAAUCUAAUGUUGAAUUUAGGCAGAAUAAAACUCCUUGUUAAGCUUGAUGCUUAAAAAUCAACAUGGAUAUGUUGUUAAGUGUUUAUUUUUGUCACGUAAGCAACAGUGUGCAGAAAGGCUUCCCAUCUAUGGAAAAAUCCCUAUCUUCCCACAGGAAUUGGAGCUGCCUUUCUGCCAGACAAAAAUGUAUUUUCCUCUGUCCUUUCCAAGACAGUGGUACUUGUCAAUCUAUUCAGUGCAAACAGUGGAGGGGCACAACUAGCCAUAGAAAGCAGCAAGCGCACCCCAGAAAAUUGUUAUGCUGAAUGCAGGGAAAAGAGGGUCAUUUGAGAAAAUCAGGGCUGAAAGUCUCAAAUGGUAUAAGUAACUGACUUCGCUGAUUAGGGCAGAGCUCUGGUUUCUUGGGAAUACUCCUCAGGAUAUUUCCUGUUGUCUUUAAAGUUAAGUUUCUGCUGUGAGGUCUCUCUUCCUCAGUCUUUUUUUAUUAACUGAAGUAUCAGUAUUUUAAUAGAAGAAAGGAGAUACUCCUAGAAACUGCACAAUUGCCCCUUCCCUUCCCCUCAUAACCUUCUGGGGAAAUAAGUGGUAAAUAAGAGGCAUGAAAUAUUUGCUAUUGUCUUAAUCUGUUUCAUGUGGAUGUUAUGAUGAUUUCUUCAACCCUACAAUGAUUUUUUGAACCCUUCAUUUCUUCUUGGGGCCCUGGACAGCCUGGUUUAGUAUUAAAUGGGGAGGUUGGUGGCCCUGCAUGUGGUGGGGGGGUUGGAGAUCCAUGAUCAUUGAAGUCCCUUCCAACCCUGGCCAACAGCAACUUUGAUAAGUACUCUGCCGAGUGGAUUUACACCGCUCCUGGGAUAGUGAAAGUGGACUUAACUCCAUGCCCUUGCUUCGUGUCUAUCUUGUAUAGAAAGCCUAUUUUAAUGGUGUAUGUAUAAUCCAGUCCAUUACAGAAUGGAUAUGGGCAAGUACAGCUUUCAUAUGUUCUUAUGCUGAUGUAUAAUUAUUAAUCAUUCCUCCUUUGGGAGGUAGUUUUCAGCUAUGUUUGGAAUUGACAAGCAUUUGUGCUCUUUUGAGGAAAUGCUUAGGUUGGAGUACUUUCUCACAGAAGAAAUGCCUCUGAACAAGCACUCUUGAGAAGUGGGGUUGUUAAAUGCAGCCAAUGUCUCAGAACACUGUCUGUCUUCAUUCAGAUGUUGUAUGACUUAGACGUUUAGAAAUGAUUCUUCUAUUCUGACAUGGACAUAUAUGGUAUGUAUCAGUGUAUUUAUUUUCAAAACAAAGCAUUUAUAGUCAUCUUUUUACAGUAUAAAUAAUAAGUCAAAAAGAAAAUAGUGCUUCGUCUUUGCUGCCAGAAGUUUGCUUCCAAAAAUAGGGUAAAAGUGAAAAAUUGCAACUUUUGCCUUUCCCACUGAAAUGGUGGAGGGAGCCUUCAGUGUUAUUAACAAAUAUUUUGUGGGAAGUAUUUCAAGGCUUGAUAGAUCUUUAGUUUGAAGUGUUCUGUAAUGUUUCAGUUUACCUUUAUAAACUACUAUGAAAAUGUUUUGUGUUAAAGGAUAGCUUGCAAAUAACACUAAAUCGGCAUUUUACAUUACCACUUCGCUGCCUUGAUCUGAAGGAAAGCAAUUACAGUAAUUAAAAUGUCCAACAAACCAAAUAAGCUGUGCUGAGAUUUCAGGUAGGUUUUGGAUUUUAUGUGAAUUUCUUUUUCCAUUGGUAUUUCCAAAGCAGCAACUAUUCAGAAAUGGAGUUGCUGCAGUUUCUCUUAUUUGUAAGGAAGAAAAAUGAUCUCAAAGGACAAGCAGAGCAGAAAACAGUCUCUACUUCUCAUUCUUAAGUUCAGAGCACUGGGCAAUGGGUGGUAGUUCCCUCAGACUUAAAAGAGGUAUUUAGCCUGCCCUGCAUUGCUGAGGUGCCAAAAAGUAUUGGGCUAUUGACAGAGAUUACAGGGAGUAGCAAGCAUGAUUACAGGAUUAAUGAAGGAUUAUAGGAUUACAGGGAGGUGUUUAACCUUGUCAAGAGAAGCUAAAGGGGCUGAUUCUUUGUGUGAUUUGACAGGAGUGCAGGUCAGAGGCCAGCUGCAAUUCAAGGCGCUGUAGGAGAGCCUCUGUCCAUGGAGACCCCACACGUGCACAGAUUUGGCAUGGGACCUUGGUGGGUUUUGAUUUGUAUAUGAAUUCACCUGUUUCCAGGAGAGCUGAAACUAGACAUUAGUGGAGAGGAUGGUCUAGCAUCAUGACAGGCUGUGCAGAGAAAUAGAUGUCUCCUCAUCCUUGGAGGUAUUUAAGAGAUGUGCUGAUGUGGCACUAAGGGGUAUGGGUUAGCAAUGGGACUCAGGCUCUGGAGCAUGUCCAGAGAAGGGUGAUGAAGCUGGUGGAUGGUCUGGAGCACAAGUCUUAUGGGGAGUGAGUGAGGGAGCUGGGAUUGCUCAGUCUGGAGAAGAGAAGGCUCGGGGAGACUUCAUUACUCUCUACAGUUAACCUGAAAGGAGGUUGUGGUGAGCUGGGAGUCGGCCUCUUCUCUUAGGUAACAGUGAUGGGACGAGGUAAUGGCCUUAAGUAGCAUCAAGGGAGGUUCAAGUUGGAUAUAAUGAAAAGCUUUUUCUCUGAAAGUGUGGUGAGGUACUGGAACAGGCUGGUGAGUCACCAUCCCUGGAGGUGCUCAAGAACCAUGUCAAUGAGGCACUGCAGGACAUAGUGGGCAUGGUGGUGAUGGGUUGAUGGUUGUACUGCUUGAUCUAAGUGGUCUUUUCCAGCCUUGAUAAUUCUAUGGCUCUGUCUAAUGCUGAUGUUUUUGCUGAUAGACCUUAAAAGAACUAUUACAUGGCAGAACAGUUAAUUAACUGUUGCUGCCUCUCAGUGUCCCUGCAUGCUGGUUCUUGCUUCUAGUAUUGAUUCCAGACAAGUUGGUGUUUUUCUGCAUUGCAGAAAAAUGGCACAGUACCUUCUAGCAUGUGUAAAUUUAUCUUCCUGCUUCUCAUCUGCACUCAGCUCCUUUUAGUGCUCUUAGUUGGGACCCUUUCCACAUACUAGCUUCUAGGUUGCAGCUUUUACCUCUGGGACAGAUAUAGUUACUUCCAAAAAGUAGGUGAUUUUUUUUUUCGCCUUCCCAAAUCCUAACCAAUCACUCCCCUUCUAACGACAAAUGCUACCUAAGUGGAAACAGAAAACCCUAAAAAUCACACAAGGAGAAAUUUUGCUCCCAUUGCAUCCAUGACAUUCAUUGGCUCUAGCUGAAUGUUUCUGGAGAUCAAACAGUGGAUGUGAGCACAGUGAGGUGAUGGGUGGUUCGUUUCGGCAGUGGUCACCUCCACUGCUGCAUGUUUUUAUGAGCACUGCAUGCAGGCUUUUGCUUACAGAUGGUGAAAAUACAUAGCUAAUAGUGGUGACUGUGUUGAAAAAAUAGUGUUUUGUAGCUUGGAAUUUACUCUCUCAAACAGUUAUUUUGCUCUUUGUAUUUGUUGUAAUUUCAAUGGAAACAAAUAAGCCUUUCUUUCAGAGCAUCCUACAUAUGACUGAAGUAGUGUACAGCAGGAAAAAUAAAAAAAACCCUAAAAA